AUGUUGCGGUGCUUCGGGCACGUGCUACCUCUUGGCAGCACAAGCAGCAAUGCAAAUCCAAUCUGUUUUUUAGAGCCUCCCAUCCACUACCUCUUCAUACCGGUGAAGGGGGGCCUGCCAGCCUUUCGGCGGGACAAGCAGGGUGCUCCUCGAGGGUCCUCGUCCCUGCGCCAGGACCCCUCGGAGACCGGAGCGGGCAGCCUGCGCCUCCAGUUUCUCAAGCCCUCUGCUCCGCAGCAUCUCCUCGCUCGUGCCCGCGGGACCGGCUGCCACCGGGGCUCUGCCCGCUUUCUUCCAGCCCCGCUCACGGCCGCUGCCCAGCGCGGUCACCCCCCUGCGAAGGAGGCGAUGGUCGACAUCGACGUCAAGUCCAAGCCCUCGCGGCCUCACUGGUACGAGCGCUACGUCCAGCCCUGCGUGGCCGAGCUGCUGGGCAGCGCGCUCUUCAUCUUCGUCGGCUGCCUCUCCGUGGUGGAGGAUGCGGAGGGCACGGGGAGGCUGCAGCCCGCCCUGGCGCACGGGCUGGCCCUGGGGCUCACCAUCGCCAUCCUGGGAGACAUCAGCGGAGGCCACUUCAACCCCGCCGUGUCCCUGGGCGUGUGGCUGGUCGGUGGGCUGAACAUCACGAUGCUCAUUCCCUACUGGGUCUCCCAGCUCUGCGGAGGGAUGAUAGGAGCCGGCCUGGCAAAGGCCGUGGCAGCGAGCGAGCGGUACGCGAACGCCAGCGGAGGAGCCUUCAGCAGCAUCGCAGCCGACGAGCAGAUCCCCUCCGUCCUUGUGGGCGAGAUCGUCAUGACCACCUUCCUGGUCCUCGUGGUCUGCAUGGGCGCCGUCAAUGGGAAGACCGAGACCCCACUGGCGCCUUUCUGCAUCGGCUUCACGGUCACGGUCGACAUCCUGGCAGGAGGCGGCGUGUCCGGAGCCUGCAUGAAUCCUGCCAGAGCCUUUGGGCCAGCUCUGGUAGCAAACUACUGGGACUAUCACUGGGUUUACUGGGUAGGGCCCAUGGUCGCUGCCCUCCUCGUUGGCGUGCUGGUGAGGCUCCUAAUCGGCGACCGGACCACCCGCCUGCUCCUGAAGUGA